AUGCGUUACGACGACUGGGACGUCAUCCUGUUCCCUACAGGCAGGAACGGCAAGAUUCCAAUCAAGGAGUUCAAAGUCCAGUGUCAUGUAGUUCCAGACCAGGAGCUCGCUCACAUGCACGGACAGGCUGGCUUGCCCAUCAUGACCUGCUUCAUCCCGAGUCUUCCAGCCGGCAGUCCGUUUCAGAUCUCGAUGCACGCCUGGAAAGCCCCCGAUAUCAGCCUGUUUACAAAGACAUACAGCAGGCAUACCGAGUUUGUCAAGUUUGAGGCGCGCAUCUUCAUCGAUGGCCGCUUGGUUGCUUCCACUGCCUUUGACCGAAAAGUCAACGGACCCCAUUUGAUUGCAGACACCUUUGAGUACACAAAGACGGGCGAACGCGAACGCCUAAAGUUUCCUAUCUUUCGCCGUGAGCUUCUUUAUGAGAGCCACUGGAGUCCUGGCGACGACCUUGGCCGCAUUAAAGUUCUUAUCAGCGAAGGCUUUCCACGCGAUUCUCGAACGGUACCCUUUGAGCGGGUCAAGAAUAUUGUCGCCUUUUCUUUCCAACAUGCUCCGCUAGAACUGCUUGAAAACAACUCCAUUGCCUGGCCCAACCCAUCCAUGUGGCACACUCCGACCUACCUCUCGAACGUUCCCGUACCAACAUAUCACCCCGACGAUGGCAUCAACUCUCACGCACACUCGCCCCAGCGACCAAAGAAGAACAGUCAAAGUCCAGGUUUCCCAACGCCUAUUAUGACACAUGGCGUAUUUCAGCCUCACCUGCCUCCCGCUAGCUACGUGGGUACACAAACACUCCAGAUGCCAUACGCACCCCGAGGCUCCAACACUGGGUCUGGCUCGUCGUUUCCGCAUUCCGAUCCAUUCACCGAACCCUCCUACAUGGACUGGAUGGGCUCAAUGGGCCACAGUUCCUGGCAAUCUGGUAUGCGACAGGGGAUCCAGCAGCAGAGUAGUGAUGAAACCAUGCCCGACUACGGUGGGGGUCCCAACCGUGACCAGCCUGAGGCUAUGCAUGUUUCCGGAAAUAGUAUGGAUGACGAGCAUCCUACGAACAUGAAGGUGCCAACGAAUACUUCGACAACAGUCCCUCCUCCUACUGAAGACAUGAAAGCGGGGGUCCAUUUUCCUUCCAUGUCUACCCAUAUGCCAUCCAUCCCGUCUGACAUGGCCGCCUGCUUCACCAAUACUCUCUUGAACCAGCCGAUGCCGCUUCCACUUCAGCCUCAUCAGAUACCCCUACCGUCUUCGGAUGUCAAGUCACGUAAGGAGAACCGCUUCCUCACGAUCUCUGGUUCCAAACUUUCAUCAGCUCACUCACCCCCUACUGCAGACCAUGGCGACACACGCAAUUUCUCACAGCCGGUUUUCUCCCAGUGUCCCAUCGCAUCCAACUUGUCCCAGAUGGUCUCCUCCAUGGAUGGCGCCGGAAGCUCGAGCGACUCCCCAAGUUUGCAAAGCAUGUUCUCGGUCGCAGGCAGCCAUCAGAAUAGUCCGAAACAGGCCGAGUUUGUGUCCAAUUCCAACCUGUAUGGUGGUCAUGCUUCAGGUCCCAACCCUGCCAGCUUCCCUCCUAGCCUUCCUUCCAACCUUACUUCCAACUUCUCAUCCAACUUGACUUCAAAUUCGACUUCCAACCACUCCACGAAUCCCAGCUCCAACCCUCCUUCUGGUCCGACCCCCUUUGGCGUUCGGACCGAGAGCUCGCUCAACGCUGGCCUUGGAAGCGUACAGGGCCAUGGAAAUGGUAAUGGAAGUGGUACUGCUGUAGGAAAUGGAAACGGAAAUGUCAAGCGGACUCGAAACUUUACGCCGGCUUCUACCAAAGCUAUUGAUGAAGAGGACGAGCCACGCCAAGCGAGCCCUCAAAUGAGAGUUAGGGCCUAUGCUAAGGAAUACGGGUUGGAGCAAAACAUGCUUGAACUUUGA